AAUAAUAAUAAUAAUAAUAAUAAUAAUAAUAAUAAUAAUAAUAAUAAUAAUAAUAAUAAUAAUAAUAAUAAUAAUAAUAAUAAUAAUAAUAAUAAUAAUAAUAAUAAUAAUAAUAAUAAUAAUAAUAAUAAUAAUAAUAAUAAUAAUAAUAAUAAUAAUAAUAAUAAUAAUAAUAAUAAUAAUAAUAAUAAUAAUAAUAAUAAUAAUAAUAAUAAUAAUAAUAAUAAUAAUAAUAAUAAUAAUAAUAAUAAUAAUAAUAAUAAUAAUAAUAAUAAUAAUAAUAAUAAUAAUAAUAAUAAUAAUAAUAAUAAUAAUAAUAAUAAUAAUAAUAAUAAUAAUAAUAAUAAUAAUAAUAAUAAUAAUAAUAAUAAUAAUAAUAAUAAUAAUAAUAAUAAUAAUAAUAAUAAUAAUAAUAAUAAUAAUAAUAAUAAUAAUAAUAAUAAUAAUAAUAAUAAUAAUAAUAAUAAUAAUAAUAAUAAUAAUAAUAAUAAUAAUAAUAAUAAUAAUAAUAAUAAUAAUAAUAAUAAUAAUAAUAAUAAUAAUAAUAAUAAUAAUAAUAAUAAUAAUAAUAAUAAUAAUAAUAAUAAUAAUAAUAAUAAUAAUAAUAAUAAUAAUAAUAAUAAUAAUAAUAAUAAUAAUAAUAAUAAUAAUAAUAAUAAUAAUAAUAAUAAUAAUAAUAAUAAUAAUAAUAAUAAUAAUAAUAAUAAUAAUAAUAAUAAUAAUAAUAAUAAUAAUAAUAAUAAUAAUAAUAAUAAUAAUAAUAAUAAUAAUAAUAAUAAUAAUAAUAAUAAUAAUAAUAAUAAUAAUAAUAAUAAUAAUAAUAAUAAUAAUAAUAAUAAUAAUAAUAAUAAUAAUAAUAAUAAUAAUAAUAAUAAUAAUAAUAAUAAUAAUAAUAAUAAUAAUAAUAAUAAUAAUAAUAAUAAUAAUAAUAAUAAUAAUAAUAAUAAUAAUAAUAAUAAUAAUAAUAAUAAUAAUAAUAAUAAUAAUAAUAAUAAUAAUAAUAAUAAUAAUAAUAAUAAUAAUAAUAAUAAUAAUAAUAAUAAUAAUAAUAAUAAUAAUAAUAAUAAUAAUAAUAAUAAUAAUAAUAAUAAUAAUAAUAAUAAUAAUAAUAAUAAUAAUAAUAAUAAUAAUAAUAAUAAUAAUAAUAAUAAUAAUAAUAAUAAUAAUAAUAAUAAUAAUAAUAAUAAUAAUAAUAAUAAUAAUAAU